AUGUUCAUCGCGCUAGUCGGUACCCCCUCGUCCGGCAAACAUGCCGUUCUAGACUACCUCGUCCAGCGCCACGACUUUACGCGGCUCGACCUUGGCAUCAGCGCCACGGAUGAGCCGGAGCAGGGCGUCUCGCUCGGCGUCGACGAGUGGCGCACAUUCCCCACCUCGGAAGCCAUGUUGGACGCAGCAACACGCGCCUGGCGCUCUCGACACGUUACCACCGCCCUCCGAACAUGGGAAGACAUCGAGCCGUGGCUCAAGCGUCCGUGGUUCCUCCUUGUUGGAGUGGAUGGGCCCCUCCGGGCGAGGUAUGAGCGUGAACGGCGGAGGCGGCCUGCCCUCACUCUCGACGCCUUCGUCGACGAGCAUGACGCAAGCCUCCACGGAUCGGCAGGGGACGCCACGUCCACCGGAAACGGACAUCAAUCCGACCUCGCGCGCGUGCUCACCACCGCCGCGGUGCGGAUUACUAACGGUUUCCCCGACAUCGACGGGCUCUAUCGACACCUGGAUGCGGUUAAUCUGCUCGACGAGCAGCGUCUACGGCCAGGCUGGGACUUGUACUUUAUGACUCUCGCCUCCCUCGCCGCCCACCGCUCAAAUUGCAUGAAGCGCCGCGUCGGCGCCAUCCUCGUCCGCGGCAAGCGCAUCAUCUCGACAGGAUACAACGGCACCCCACGCGGUACGACGAACUGCAACGAGGGCGGGUGUCCGCGCUGCAACGGCCCCGCCAAGGGAGGACAAGACCUCAGCGCCUGCUUCUGCCUGCACGCCGAGGAGAAUGCGUUACUCGAGGCCGGGCGCGAACGGAUUGGCCCAGACGCAAUCAUCUACUCCAACACGUGCCCGUGCCUCUUGUGUAGCGUCAAGAUUGUACAGUGCGGCGUGCGCGAGGUCGUGUACAACAAGGGCUAUAGCAUGGACACGGCCAGUGCUACGCUGCUGGCUGAGGGUGGGGUCGUGCUGCGUCAGAUGGACAUGCCGGGCGACCAUUAG